AUGCAUUUCUCCAAGAUACAGAGCCUUCUGGCCGCCGUCAUCCUCCUCGGUACUCCACUCACGUCUCUCGCUGCUCCUGCUCCAGACGCUUUGGCUGUCCCAGAACCGGCCGCUCUCGCUCUAGCAGAACCAGCACUCGUCGAGCGCGAAGCUAUCCCACAGGGCGCAAACGACGACGAUGACAACAACAACAAUGAUGACGACGAUGAUGACAACAACAACGGCGGCAAUGGUGGCAAUAACAACAACAACCAGCGCACCGUGAGCACAUGCGUUCCACGCAAUGGUAACAACAACAAUAACAACAAUGCUGGCUACCGUGCUUGCAUCAAUGUAACCUUCUUCCGUAACAAUCGUCGCCAGGUCCGUGUUUCAAUCGUCCUCGAUGAUACACAGCGUGGCGACGGCAGCGUCAGAGGCCAGUACUCCCUCUACUCAGGUGGUCGAGGAAACAAUGGCGGGAACAAUGGUGGGAACAACAACAACAACAACAAUGGUAGACGAACCUCCGAUGUCUAUCGUGCAAAUGAUCAGAAUCGACGCACCAGCAGCACCAGGACUUGGAAUCUGGACCGAGAUAUCCAGUAUCUCACAGUUUCGGGUUGGAGGGCUCGUGAUGAGGGGAGGAAGGGUACCAGCGACAGAUUGAAUUACCCAUUCAACUGA